AUGGCUCUCCAGAUCCUCUCAGAUCUUCAUCUAGAGUCGCCAAAAGGAUAUGAUAUCUUCUCCAUCGUCCCUUGCGCACCGCACCUUGCCCUCCUCGGCGACAUUGGCACCGUCACACCUCACAAAGCCGGAUUCUUAGCCUUUCUCACCCGCCAACUCAAGCAAUUCCGCACGGUACUCUUCGUGCCCGGGAACCACGAAUCUUACUCUUCAGACUGGCCCACCGCUCUCGCAAUAUUGCGAGAAUUUGAGACGACCGUACAGUGUGAUGAUGAUAUCACGCUCGGAGACUUCAUCUUACUCAAUCGCACCGCGUUUAAACUACCAGACAUAAAUUUUACAAUCCUAGGCUGCAGUCUUUUCUCUCACAUACCGCCUGAGAGCGAAAUGGCUGUUAGCAUGGGCUUGAACGAUUUCUUCCAGACGGAGAGCUGGGAUGUAGAAAUGCACAACGCCGCGCACAAGCGAGAUGUUGAGUGGCUGAACGCCCAGGUCGCUGCGCCCGAGCAUGGCGACUCUAAGAUAAUCAUUCUCACGCACUGGAGUCCAUCGAGGGACCCUCGCUCAAGCGACCCGAAGCACGCUGCUAGUCCUAUCUCGAGUGCCUUCUCGACGGACUUGUCGGAUCAGCCAUGUUUCCAGAGUGAAAAGGUAGAACUAUGGGGUUUUGGUCAUACGCACUUCAAUUGCGAUUUUGUGGUUGAGCGAGGCGCAGGUGUAGGAUCACUAAGAUUGUUAACGAAUCAGAGAGGAUAUUAUUUCGCUCAGGCCGAGGGGUUUGAUGAAAAUAAGACCGUAAAUGUUUGA